AUGGGUGGCGUUGGUGCUGUUGCUGAACCUCUCGUAGUCAUCUUCCUGCUCUUUGGAGGAACAUGGAUUAAUAGAGAUUUCAAUCCUGGGAGAUUUCGUAGGAGACCUGUUGAUCAGAGACGAUUUUCUGAAGAUGAUUUGGAGCAUGGUGGGAAAGUUGACCGAGAUGGGUUGGUAGAUAAUCCUUUGGAUUCGAGAUCGACUUCGCCCUCAUUACUUGCUUCUGAAGAACCGAAGUGGAGAGAAAGAAGUAUAGGUGCUUGGGGAAUAAGGAAGCGGGUCACCACUCCUAAUACUAGGAGAUUCAAAGGGUAUUUUCUGAGUCGGUUGCUUGAGAGGUUUCCGUUUCUGGUGGAGUGCUGGUACUGGGCGUUAAUAUAUUGGGUAUAUCAACUCGGACGCGCAGCGAGUGCAGUCUGGAUAGUAGAAGGAACAGUCUUUGCAGCACGAAAGCACGCGCUGCAAGUAAUCGCUGUGGAAGAAAAGAUGCAUAUUUUUUGGGAACUACCUAUCCAACAAUUCUUUAUGAAAAGCGAUUUCAUGAUGAAAUGGAUAAACAGAACUUACUCUUUCAUACAUAUCCCCGGAUCAAUUGCUUUCCUCGUCUGGCUUUUCUACUACACCAAUACUCGUAAUCGAGUUGCCAACACACGAAGCGAGAAUAGCCCUAGCGAGUCCAAAGAAUCACCAGCUGGACCUCAUCUCUACGAAGCUCGAAGACGAACAAUGGCCUUCUGUAAUUUACUCGCAUUCAUAAUCUUCACUCUCUGGCCAUGCAUGCCACCACGACUCCUCAGCGCAGACACAUCCGACGACGAAGCCGGAAAGCUGGCGAGGAGCUAUGGCUUCAUCGAUACAGUCCACGGCCCCAAAGGCCAAGGUUCAAUAUGGACCGACAACCGCUUCACCAACAAAUUCGCCGCCAUGCCCUCCCUCCACUUCGGCUACUCCCUUCUCAUCGGCCUCACCAUCGCCACUAUCCCCCUCAAUCCCCUCCACUCCACACCAAUCUCUUACAUUCUUCCCGGCUUCAACCGCUCUCACCCCCAGCUAGCUCCGAAACUCACACUCCCGUCCUGGCGACGCAUGGCAUGUGGUUUCAUCGGCACGCUGUAUCCGUCUAUUAUCCUGGUCUGUAUUGUGGCGACCGCGAAUCAUUUUAUUCUGGAUGCGGUGCUGGGCGCGAUGGUGUGUGGUGUUGCGUGGUGGGGGAAUGAUGUGUUGUUGAAUCUUUUGGUGGUUGAGGAUUGGUUCUUGGCGGGUGUGAGGAUCCAUAAGCCGGAGAGGUGGGUGGGUGAGGUUGAGGAGAGGAGUGUGGUUGUGAAUUAG